UGAUGUAGAACAAAAAUCAAUGAAAUCAACAAACACGCAUGCGCAGUGCGUUUUGUUGACAAAAUAUUCACAGAAGACAUUCUGACAGUUGGACAAUAUGAUAGACAGGCUACAGGCGCGAAAAGAGAGAGAGAGAGAGAGAAUCAAACAAUACACGAGCAGCGUAAGCAAGGUGAGAUACUGGUAGGAGCCGAGAGUAACAACUGAGUGUCAUGGCAGCCCUUCAGUUUUACGACGCUGUCAUAAGCGGCAACCUGCGCAGCGUCAUCGAGGUAGCUGCACGCCAUAAAUUCGACCUAAACGACUUCUUCCGAGACUUUCGUGAAAGGGACCACCAAGGAAAAUGUCCCCUUCACGUGGCCGCGUUGAAAGGGUACAGGGACAUGGUGCGGUAUUUGAUUGAUUCUGGAUGUGACGUCAACAAGCAGACGGCAACGUUACGUCGCACGCCGCUUCAUUUUGCCGUCAAUGGCCGCCGGAUGGAUUGCUUUCGCGCACUCAUAGCAGCUAACGCAGAAUUAAAUUUGGUGGAUACUUUUGGGUAUCCGGCCCUCCAUUAUGCGGCAGAGCACGGGCUCACGGAUAUGCUUGACAUUCUCAUCUCGAAGGGUGCCGAGAUAGAUAUUCAAGACAUUACCAUGAAAACGGCCCUUAUGAAGGCCGUGCGUAGCCUGAAGACCCAGAGCGUGAAGAAAUUGCUAAAGGCUGCAUGUAAAGUAAACGUGCAGAACCAACAUGGCGACACCGCCCUUCACUUUGCCUCCCGAAUGGGUGCGUGCGAGAUGAUCCGACUGCUCAUCGAAAGCGGUGCCGAGCCCAACGUCGAAAAUAACUGGGGACAGACGCCGCUGAUGGAGGCGGUGAAUUACAACCGGAGCGAAGCCGUCAAAAGACUCGUGGACCUCGGAUGUGACGUGAACACCAGGAAUCAGAGCAAGGGAGAAAUCGCUUUACACGCUGCAAUGAGAAAGAACCACACGGCCAUAGUGAGAAUUCUCUUGGAAGCAGGAUCCAGGGCUGACAUCUUAAAUCAUCAAGGCGUAUCUCCAGCCUUUGAAAUCGCGGCUCACAAUUACGUCGACACCCUUAAAGUUCUCAUUAAGCUUAACUAUGACUUAGACACCCCAGGACGUACGUCUGGCCCUGCUGGUCCGCUUCAGGUGACAGAGACGCUGUACCAAAUCGCCAGCAGGGCCGGCCAUCUUGAAAUUUGCGGCCUUCUUGCUCAAUACAACUGCGAUUCCUUUUGGAUACGAGACGGAAAUGUGGCGCAUGAACAGUACACUUCCGUUACAAAACCGAUGUCCUGGCUAAACGUCAGUGGUCCGUUGCAAUCCUGUUGCAGAAAAUCUAUCAGAAAGGUUCUUGGAAGAAACAUUUUCACGAGUGUCAAAGAGUUGCCUCUUCCAAAAUCCAUACAGGACUUUGUAUGUGCCGGAGAAUUGUGUCUUGAUUAGAGACUGUCUCAGCUAUUGUACUACUCGGUAAUCAGGAUGUCUUUUUUAUUUGAUGCUGUAUAUGUGGGACGCUGGAUAAGGGGGUUUGAGCAAUAAUCUCAUCACAGUGUUACAAACUCUACUCGCUUCCGAGCAUUCGUUAUUUCAAUUUUUGACCAUAGUUAAUCUUAUUCUUCAAUUAUUAUUA